GUCAACGCCGAAGUUUAAAAACAAUCAAAUUCAAAAUAAAUUCUUCACUUCAGUUCUUUGUCUCAUUAACAAAGGUUUGAAAAAUUAAAGAUGAGAAACUUGUUGGCUAUUUUAUUCCUACCCAUAUUGCUUGCAAAUGGAGAUUUAAUUCGUGUUGGACUUCAUAAGACUGAUUCGGUUAGAUCACACUUUUUAUCUGUCGGAACCGAUCUCACUGAAGUAAAAUUGCCUACAAUUGCCGGACCUGCUCCUGAACCCUUAAGCAAUUAUCUUGAUGGUUCAAGUAACUUGUGGGUUCCUUCUAAGAAAUGUUCUUUGACUAACAUCGCAUGUCUUCUUCACAACAAAUACAAUGCUGGUAAGAGCUCAACCUACGAGAAAAAUGGAACAGCUUUUCACAUUCAAUACGGAAGUGGUUCGCUUUCUGGAUAUCUCUCAACAGACGUUGUUAGCAUUGCUGGAUUAAACAUCCAAAAGCAAACAUUUGCUGAAGCUAUCAGUGAACCUGGUUUGGUCUUUGUUGCUGCUAAGUUUGAUGGAAUCUUGGGACUUGGAUACAAAUCAAUUUCUGUUGAUGGCGUUGAACCUCCUUUCUACAACAUGUUCAAUCAGAAUCUUAUCCAGCAACCUGUCUUCUCAUUUUACUUGAAUCGCGAUCCUUCUGCUGCUGUUGGUGGGGAAAUCAUCUUCGGAGGAUCUGAUCCUGACCACUAUACCGGAGACUUCACUUAUUUGCCUGUGAGCAGAAAAGCUUAUUGGCAAUUCGGAAUGGAUGGUGUCAAAGUCAAUGACAAAAGCUUCUGUUCAAGUGGUUGUCAGGCUAUUGCAGAUACUGGAACUUCACUUAUUGCUGGACCAACUGAAGAAGUUACAUCAAUUAACAAACUCAUUGGUGGAACUCCUAUUUUGAAUGGACAAUACAUGGUUGAUUGUUCAUUGAUUCCCCAAUUGCCAAAGAUCCAAUUCACAUUGGCAGGAAAAGAUUUUGAAUUGGAAGGUGCUGAUUACGUCUUGAGAAUUUCUCAAAUGGGAAAAACUAUUUGUCUCAGUGGCUUCAUGGGAAUUGACAUUCCACCACCAAAUGGACCAUUAUGGAUUCUUGGUGAUGUUUUCAUCGGAAAAUAUUACACUGAAUUUGAUUUCGGCAAUGAUCGUGUUGGUUUUGCUGCUUUUGAAGUUCCGGAAACAGUUGAAAGUGAUUCAGAUGACUAUGACGUCUCAGUGAAAACUUCUAAGAAAAAAGCGAAACUGACUCUAAUGAAACAGUUUAAUCAAAAACAGGAAACUGAAGAUACUGAAGAAAUAUCCGAAGUCCUCAAACAGAAAUUUGACCAGCGUAAAAUAUGCAAAGCAAGUAACAAAUCAAACAGAAAAUUGCAAAAGCAAAAGAAGAAGAACAUUCUUAAGAACAAGAGUUUAAUAAAAGCUGGUUUCAUGAAACAACAAGAACUUGUAAGAGUGAAGAAAGAAGAACCUUCCUCGGAAAAUCAAAAGAAAUCUUCAGUUUUUAAUAAUGAAGGAAAAUUAUUUUUCUCCAAAAUUAAAAUUGAUGGCGAGAAGGCUCAACGAGAUGGAGACACACAUCCCAGACUUAAUCUAGGGAAGUUAGUAGCACACAAAAAGAAAGUUGCAGAACUCAUAGAAUCUGGUAAAAAAGAGGAAGCAAAAGAAGAAAAAGAGAAAAAUCUUUGGAGUGCCGCUUUCAAAAAGACUCAAGGAAUCAAAGUUAAAGAUAAUCCAGACAUCCUUAAGAAAGUUAUUAAAAAGCGUAAGAUGAAGAAAGUAAAAUCCAAAUCAACUUGGUCUGAACGUGAGAAGAAAAUGAAAGAAAAACAGGCAGCUCGCCAGAAAAAGCGACAAGAUAAUUUGGAUAAAAGAAAAACUGAUAAUUUAAAAACAAAAAAAGCUAAACAACAAAAGCGUGGAACUUAAUUGUUAUUGAAUUAUGGAGUGAGAUGAAAUGAAUAAAAAGAAUUUUUAUUUUAAGAUAUGGUUUCAAAA